UAUAAUAGGCAGCCCUUUGGAAAGAAUUCCCUUGCGUCUCAAAGGAUGCCUUGAAAAAGCUUUGAGAGGCUUCACUCUAUUCUAGAGUUUAGAUCUCUCUCUUCAGGAGCUUGCUGUUCCUCAGAACUUAGUUGUUUAGAGGUUCCCUGGAUUCCUCUUCCUGCAUAUGUAGGAGCUGCGACACAACCCAGCAAGAUCGAUGGGAUAGGACUCUGAGAAAGGACAUAUCUUGAAGAAUAAUGCUUCCACACAAAAGUUUCAAGAGUCAUGCAUCAUUGCCUCAGAGUAACUAUCUACAUUACCCGCGGAAGGAGAGUGAAAAGGCCGUCUCUCAUGUCAAUCUUAUAUAUACACAGUCAGGCCAACUGAAAUUCCCUUCUGAAAGUCAAGUCUGUGAAGGUUCCCAUUCAACUGAGAUUCCUAUUCCUCAGGGAAAAGGUGCCAUGUGGCCUUCACCAUCAGAUCAUGAUAAAUGUACCCAUGGGAGCUUAGCCUGUGAAGGUACACAACAAACUGAGACACCCUCAACCCACGGAAAAGCUGCCAUCCAGCGGAUACCAUCAAGUCAAGGGAAAUUCACUAAUGAGGGUCCAGGCUAUGAAAACUCACAGUCCACUGAUUCUCCGAGCCUUCCCCACGGAAAAGCUACAGUCUGGCCCCCACCACCAAGCCGAGGAAACUUCUGGGAAGGCUCACAUCAAUCUGAGAGUGUUAUGCCUCGUGCAAAAGCCAUCAUUCAGAAGAUACCAUUAGGUAGAGGGAAAUGUAGUAGUGAGAAUAAAACCUGGGAAGACUCACAACCAAGUCAGAUUACCCUCUCCCAUGGAAAAGCUGGUGUCCGUCACCUAUCACUGGAGAGGGGGAAAUUCAGCCGUGAAAGUACAACGUGGGAAGGAUCCCAACCAAAUGAGACUCCACUCCCUCAGGGAAAAGCUGCCAUUCAGCACACACCAUUAAACCAAGGGAAAUUUACAUCUGAGAACACAGUCUGGGAAGGUGCACAACCACAUGAGAUCUCACUCUCCCAUGGAAAACCUGCUGACCAGCACCCAUCAUUGAUCCGAGGAAAGUUCAUCCAUGAGAAUCCAAUGUGGGGAACAUCAAAACCACCUGAGAUUCCCCUGUCCCAUGGGAAACCUAAUAUGCAGUUCCCACCAUUGGCUAGAGGAAAACUCAUUCGUGACAGUACAUUGUGGGAAGGUUCACAGCCAGCUAAGACAACCCUAACUCGUAGAAAAGCUGCACUCUGGCCCCCACCAUCAAACAGAAGUAAAUUCUCCUAUGAAAGUCCAACAGGUUCACAUUCAACUGAGGUUUUCCAUUACCAUGGGAAAUCUAUUGUUUGGCCCCCUCCUCCAAGUCGAGGAAAACUCCUCAUUGAGAAUCCAGGGUGGAAAAGAACACAGAUAGGUGAGACCCCCAUCUCUUAUAGAAAAAACACAGUACAACCUCCAGCAUCAGGUCGAGGGAAAUUCACAAAUGAUCGUCCAGUCUGGAAAGGUUCACAAUCAUCUGAGACUUCCCAGCCUCCUAGAAAAGCUGUUGUUUGGCCCCCACGUUUAGGCCAAGAGAAAUUCAGUAGUAAGAGUUCAGGGAGGGAGGAUUCACAACCAAGUAAGACUUCCCAGCCCUCAGGAAAAAUUUCUGCUUGGCCCCCACCAUCAGGUCAAGGGAAGUUCAACUGUGAGGAUCCUGAUUGGGAAGGUCCACAACCAACUGAGACUCCCCAUCCUCAUGGAAAAGCAACAGUCACACCCCUACCUUCAAGCCGAAGAAAAUUUACAUCUGAGAACUCGGGCCAUGAGAGUUCACAACCAGUUGAAAUUAUCCUCUCUCAUAAAAAGCCUAUAAUCUGGCCCCCACCAUCAAACCGAGGGAAAUUCAACUGGGAGAAUGUAGCUAGUGAAGGUUCAAAACCAAUCACAGCUUCAAAUGUCCAAGGAAAGUCUACCACCCUCCUAUCAUCAUUAGGCCGAGGAAAAUCAUCCAAUGACCAUUCCAUGCAGGAAGGCUCACAAUCAGGUGAAACUCCCCUUACUGGAAAAAAUGUAAGAAGUUCCUCAUUAGGCAGAGAGAAAUUCACCUGUGAUAGUCCAGAGCGGAAAAGUUCACAAAGUGUUGGGGCUACCUAUCCUUUUGGGAAAACUGACAACAAACGUCCUCAAUUAGGCAGAGGAAAAUUACUUUUUGAGAAACUUCUAAGGGAAGGUUCACAAACAUCUGAAACUCUUCAUGGAAAAUCUACCCUCCAACACUCACCGUCCUAUCUAGAGAAAUUUACACAUGGUAAAUUGCUUUGGGAAAGUUCACAAGUAGCUGAGACUUCCUUAACUUUUAGAAAAGCUACUGGCAAUCGUUCCCCAUCAUGUCUAGGGAAAUUUACUUAUGAUAAAUCAGUUUGGGAAGGUUCCAAACCUACUGAAAUUCCACUCCGUAGUGGAAAAGGAACUGUCUGGCCCCCACCAGCAGGCCAAGGAAAAUUGACGUGUGAAGUUCCAUUAUGGGAGGGCUCAGAAUCACCAGAGACUUCCCAUUCCUUUGGAAAAACUGCCACCCAAGGGAAUUUCACCUGUGAAAGUUCAGGCAAGGAAGGUUCACAAAAUGCUGAGAUAUCCUACCCCUUUGGAAAACCAGCCAUUCGACUCCCACAGUCAGAGAAAGGGAAGUUAACUUAUGAUAAUCCUGAAUGUGACCGGGCACAACCAACUGAGACUUCUCUCCCUCAUGGAAAAACUAUCAUUCAACAAACAUCAUCUUGCAGUGGGAAAUUUACCUAUGAGAACCAAGCCUGGGAAGAGGCACAAUCAGAUAAGAAUCGCAUCUCCAACAGAAAAACAGCAAGCUGGCCCCCACCAGCAGGGAGAGGAAAAUUCUCCUGUGACAAUUCAGGCUGGGAUGAUUCCCAAGCAGUUGGUAAUACCUAUCCUCAUGUAAAAAUGACUCUCCAUCCCCAACCAGUAGGUAUAGGGAAAUGCACAAAUGACAACCUAGGCUGGGAAGGUUCACAGCCAGCUGAAUCUCCCCUUCCCCAUGGAAAAUCUGCUGUCCAGCCCAUACCAGCAGGACGAGGGAAAUUCACCUGUAAGAGUUCAGUCUGGGAGAAUUCCCAGUCAACCUAUAAUCCUCCUUCUCAUGGAAAAGUUGGAGUUCAGCACUCAGCAUUGGUCCAAGGAAAAUUCCGCAGUGAAAGUGCAAUCUGGGUAAACUCACAACAACCUGAGGCUCCUCCACUUCAUGGAAAAGCUGCCGUUUGGCCCCCACAAUCGUCACAUAAGAAACUCACUUCUGGUAGUCCAGUCUGGGAAGGUCCACAACCAGCUGAGACACCUCACCCUUUUGGAAAAGUUGCUUUGCAGGCUCUACCUUCAGAUGGGAGGAAAUUUGCCUGUGAACAUACAGCUUGGGAAAGCUCACCAGUAGCAGAAGCCCUUCUAUCACAAGGAAAAUCUGCCUUGCGGCCUAUACCAUCAAGCCAAAAGAAAUUGUCCAGUGAGAUUCAAGUCUGGGAAAGCCUUCCAUCCACAAAAGCAUUCUAACUGCUCCUAAACCUAUAACCCUAUGACUUCAAGAAUCUGAUUUUAUCAGAAUGGAUACUCUCACCAUUAAUGUGGUCAAAAUGACUCUGUCUUCGGGAGCUGACAUGGUCAAAAAAUAAAUCAUCUGCUGAUAUUCAAAGGUGAUGAGCCCUCACCACACCUAAUGAGACUGGUCCUGGAAUGAGAGAUACACGGUCUACUGAUGAACUCAAUCUUGGAAGGACCUGCCAGAGCUUGUAGAAUUACUGUAGUGAAUUCAUGGUCACCCCUGUACCACAAUGAGGCAAUGGAGAAGGUGUGGUAGAACUUUUUGUUAUAAAUAGGUGUAUUAAUAUAGAAGUUGAAAAUGAUAACAGAAGACUCCCCACAACGAUGGGACAGGAUUCUUUUUGAGAUUAAUUAGCAAGUAUUUGGGGAGCAGAGGUGCUGGCUGUUUAUAGCAGCACUCUGUGGGCUUUUCCUAAACAGUCUAUUUGAUGAGCAAUACUGCCACAAGUGGAAGAAAACAAAUUGACUUAUGGUUAUGUAAUAUCUUUCUAAACCUAAUGCAGUGUGAAAGAUGAUAUCUGUUGCACAGUAGAAACUAGUCGAGACACUUCAGCCAACCUAGCAGUUCUUAUACAUUGAAGGGUGAGAUUUUGCUUUCGUGUGUUUUCUUAUGCAAACUUUUAGCCUCUUUACUUUUGGGGGUUGGGGGAGGGGGCAACAUUUUUAAAAAAUGAUUUUGUCAAUCAUGUGCUAGGAUUCAGAAUAUAGAAAAUGAAUAGAAGUUGGAUUCCUCUUUCACUUUUCAUACCUAAUAUUGUUAGUAACAAGGUCAGAAAAAUGCUAUUACACAUAUUUAAGGGAAUAAAUGAAAUUAUUAAACCUGUUAAAAUAAUAUUAGAUUAGAACACCUCUAUAUUCAUAGAAUCAUGAUGAUAUUACAUUUUU